GCCUCUUAUUCGCAGAGUUUUGAACGGUCAUCCAUGAAUGGUAGUAUCAAGACAUCAGCUGUCUUGGAAAGAAUCCGAUGGAAACUAAAAUCACUGAACUACCCUGCGGCCAGUUCUUUCGUUGCGGACGAUUUGAAACAGGUUCGAAACCUGGUCGUUUGGUUGGAGGACCGAACCAUUCGAUUUUAUCAGGCGGGAAAACGGCUCCGUGACAUUGAGUCUUCCGACUGGCAGUCGUAUAUAAAAGAAUAUUUAGACUCGGUUAAGUGUCCGUUCUCUGAAAGUGAGCCUUUGGCUCUUUGUGACUGGCUAGUUGGCAAGGCUCUAAUUCUCGACUGCAAGCCCGGAGACAGCAAUGACAGCUCGGCUACAAUGACAUCAGCCUCUCCUCAGUAUGCUGCGCCGGAUCUUUUUAACCGUGUUGACAUAUAUGGGUCGGAAUUCAAAGAAUGUGUUGCGAAACUAGCCAAAACUCUACACAUUCCCUCUCAUCCGGACCCAGUAACUACGUUCAAGGCCGUUUGUCUGUUAAUCAAACAGAAGCUGUCAAGAGAAAAUAUCGAACAAGCCCUCGAAGAAUAUGGGACCGUUGAGUCUGGCAUGUUGAAACCGUCGGAGGUUUGUCUUGGAUUCGAGGUCGAUGAUCCUUUGGUCCGCACGGCAGCAGUUGCUUUGCGAUUGUUAAAUGUGAAUGAGAUGCGUCGAUUGCAGGACCACGCAAACGCUGCCAUCGUGCGAGUGCAAGAGCUGACUGCAGACCCAAAGACAAACGAAAAACUCGGACAGGUCGGCUACUGACUGACAAGUUAUCUAUUUGUUUUGUAAAUGUUAUAUCUUCUAUACAUCACCUAGUGUCCUUAGAAUCUACCUAAAUAAAAAUUUCCUUCGUUC